CGGGCCCCGCCCCCGCGCCACCGCCCGGCGGACCUGGCCGCGCCCCAAGGCCGGGGGGUGAGGGGUCGGCGGGGAUUGGAAGGGUGGUGGUCUCGGGGAGCCGCAGCCCGAGCGUCGGCGCGCUGCGGGCCGGCCGAGCAGGGGCGCGGAGACGCACGGACCGCGGAGCCUCCCCGGAGCAUGUGGAAGCUGAACCGGAGCCGGGUGCUCCUGGACGAGCCCCCCGAGGAGGAGGACGGCCUGCCAGGGGGCCCGCCGCCGGCCGCCGCCGCCGCCGCGCAGGGUCAGGGAGCAAGCUUCCGAGGCUGGAAAGAAGUGACUUCUCUGUUCAAUAAAGACGACGAGCAGCACCUGCUGGAAAGAUGCAAAUCCCCCAAGUCCAAAGGAACUAACUUACGGUUAAGAGACGAGCUGAAGACAGAGAAGAAGUCUGGAUUUUGGGACAAUCUGGUUUUAAAACAGAACGUUCAGCCGAAGAAACCGGAUGAGAUUGAAGGGUGGGAGCCUCCAGCAGUCGCUCUCGAAGAGGUGACGGCCGACACCGGGGACACGGCAAGCGGCCGCCCGCCUCGGCCCGGCUGGGAGGAGGACGGCAAGGGCUGCAGGAAGUACAGCAGCCUGGCGAGCUCAGGGAACAGCUCCCGCUGGAGCCUGCGGUCGGCGGGGAAGCUGGUCGGCAUCCGUCGGCAGAGCAGAGGCCACCUGACCGACAACUGGGAGGAGCUGGAGUGACCCUCCGGCCCCCUCUGGACAGGUGCGCAGAGCGCGCGUUCCCCGCCCACAACUGCUAACGUGGCCCCGUGUCUUCUCUCUCUGUGCAGGCCCGAGAGAGUGUGCCGUCUCACGCCGUGUUUGUUCACACGCCUGCCGCUGCCCUGGUGUUUCUGUGAGGACGAGAGCAGAACGCCUUCCCCGCCUGCCCGUGUCCACACGGGCCUGCCCACAGGCUGACGGAGGGGAGCCCCAGCCACCUCCUGGGGAGCGUCUGCCUCUAACAGUGCCGCUGGGCACCGUCCCGUGAGCUGCACCCUGCUGUCCUCCCCUGCGUGCUCCCCCCCCCAUGUCCUGCAUGUGGUGUCCGUGUGUGUCCGUGACACUCGACUGUAGCGGCGGGCCGGGCCCUCUUCUGCUCCCAGAAGCCCGCGAUCCAGCCGUGAAGCCACUCUUCCAAAGGUUAUGUUAAACUGCGUUCGACCCAGCGAAUUCAAUUUUUCAUCACAAAUACCAGAAAAGCAAAGGUUACAUCUGGUGCAGCAUGAGAUGCCACUCUCCGCUUUACCUUCAUCUCGUGCGCUGGGAGGAGGAGUCUCCCCUGUGCACGGAGGACGGGGACAGUGGUUCCUCCUUUAGGGCUCCUCUUACUCGUCCCAGACGUCCACGUUGUGAUCUUCAUGUUCUGCCAAA